ACACAGGCAUAAUGGAUCGAGAUGGAGUUUUGCUACCAGCUAAGUCUGGAGAGUUUAUUGCUAAGCAUGCAAAACACGUUAAAAUUAAUAAAGACGGCAAUGAAAAGUUGUGCAAAGAGAUACUGUCAAGUAUAAAAUGUAAUCAGCUACAAAUGCCAGACACAGGUUCAGAUUCAAUUCAUCCUUCAAAAGACCAUCCGAGAGCAGUCGAUUGGGUUUUUGUGACAGAUGCAUUGAAUUUUUGUUUCUGGUCUAAGAAUAAAGAAAAGCAAUGGGUUGUUGAUGGUUACACUGGAUAUUUCGCUUUAGAGGCUGCAUUAAACAGAGCAAUAAAGAAUGGUGUUGACAUAACAAAUCCUGAAUUUUAUUCCAAAAUAACAAAAGAACAACUGCUUGACAUCAUGAAAGGUGACAAUGAUGUUAUUAUACCACUUUUCGAUCAAAGAAUUUCUGUUUUACAUGAAAUUGGAAAUAUACUACUUGAAAAGUACAAUGGUACAUUUGAAACUUGCGUAAAAAAAGCUAAUAAAUCAGCUAUAAAACUGCUUGAGAUUGUAGUUGAUAACUUUCCAUGCUUUAGAGAUGAAGCCAUGUAUAACGGUCGAGCAGUUUCAUUCUAUAAGAGAGCACAGAUCUUAGUUGCCGACUUGUGGAAUUUCUUCAACGGUACUAGCUGGGGACAGUUUGAAGAUGUUGACAAGCUGACAAUGUUUGCCGAUUAUAGAGUGCCUCAAGUAUUGGUUUACUUUGGUGUUAUGAGUUAUAGUGAUGAACUAAUGAAUAAAUUAAAGAAUGAUGAGCUUCUUGAAAGUGGAUCAGAUGAAGAAAUAGAAAUACGCGGAUGCUCUAUUCAUGCAGUUGAAUUGCUGAAGAAGCGAAUAGAAGAUGAGAUAAAAGAAAAACAUUUGAAUGUAUCUGUGCCUAAUUCCAGUCUAAUUGAUUACUACCUCUGGUGCUACAGAAGGAAACACGCGAAAGAGGUCGAAAGUAUACCUUAUCAUAAAACAUUGGGUAUAUUUUACUGAACAUGUUGGUAUUUUUUAAAUCAAGUGAACAAUCUUGCAUAUGAAAGUUUACACAGUAUUGUAAUUAAUAUAUUUUUGUAAUAAAAUAAGAUGAUUUAAUAUAUCUAAGACUAAUUGUUCACG